CUUUGUAUUUUCUUAGUGUUUCUAUAUAUACGCACUAUUUCUUUUUCUUUAUUUAAUAUACUUGAGGCCUGAUUGAGAGAAAAAUUCCAUACUCCUUCGAUAUUCGCCUCGUUCCUAGCAUAUUUUGCAAGUCUGUGUGUGUGUGUGUGUGUGUGUGUGUAUUUUUCCAGAGAUUCCAGGUUCUGAUAAGUUUUCAUUUAUUUCUAUUUUGUCGGUUGAUUUUUGAGUUUGUAUUCCUUGCCCAUUUUCAUCUUGGAUUUGAAGAGUUUUCUACCGUUCAGAGAAAAAAACAUUAGUGAUUCCCUUACACAGUUUAUACUUUUCUUUGCCAUUCUUGUCCUUCUCGCACAAAAAUGACUCAAAAUGAUACAAUCGUGGAAUUGUUUGAUAUCUGCUUCAAACAAGAAGACAUAGAAAGCCUACGAAAACCUAACUGGUUUACAGACGUGACACUCGAUUAUGUCGAUACAUUAGUUGAGCGACUAUGGUUUCCCUUACGCCCAACUCAGUCGAAAGGGAUUCUGCUAUUGAGACCUUCCCUUGUCUUUCUGCUUGCUGAGGCUCCUGCAUCAUUAGAAGAGCUUAAAUCUGCUCUCCCUCAGGACCUUUUAUCCUGCAAAUACAUCUUUAUGCCCAUCAAUGACAUAGACAAAUAUGCUACUGGGACAGGCGGCACUCAUUGGUCGCUUAUGGUUGUCAGUGUACCAGAUUCACAAUGUUUUUAUUAUGAUUCUAUGAGCAAUGGCAAAACAAAGGACUGCCGUAGUGCGCUUGAUCGGAUCUCAAAACUUUUCCAAAAAGAUUUUACAAUCCAGUCUAUGCCUGUACAACAACAGCGAAAUGGUUAUGAUUGUGGUGUUCAUAUCGCUGCUUUCACGUUAGAACUUGUGCGACGUUUAUUAAAGUCUCCUAUGCCUACACAAUCUUUAUGGGAACUCGAAGAGUUUGAACCUGACCUCUCUGUCAUUCGUGAUAGAUUGAGUACGUGUCUGGAAUCUAUUGUACAGCAAUAUGGCAAAACUGUCAACUCAAUCGAUGAUGACAAAUUUCCAACGGAUGAGGUGUUUUUUGAUAUACAACAACAACUCCCUUCUAUCAGGAACAGACCCCCGUCCUUAAAGGAAUUUGAUGAAUUUGAAGACGCCAAGCUAGCUCCCUCUUCCGUUCCUAGUGAUCCUGUUGCCAAUGAGCUAGUCAAGCCCCAAGAUGAUUCUUCGCCGUUCUUAAAAAAUGAAAGUGGGAAGCAUCACUAUCAUUCUCACCAUCACGAACUUCACUAUAACCAGACGCAGCCUGAGAACCUAAAGCAAGACCUUGCUCACGAAAAACCCUAUACUUCGUCAUCAAAAAAUCCAUUUGAGACUCCUUCUGAACUUGCCUAAAAGGUUGAUUCUAACUCCUGUACUACUUACAAUCAUGAAAAGAAUACGUAUGCUAAAUAAAACGUUACGAUAAUAGAAAACGACUAAUUUAAUGAUUUAUUUAUUUUAUAACUUCAAUAUGCUAAUAGUAAUUUUGUUCUGAC